AUGGAGACGGCUGCGGUGCUCACCAUCCACUCCACCUCACAUGUCUGUCUGCAGUGUCCUGCUGUUGCUGCUCCCGCUCAUGGCCAGCGGCGGAGGGGAGGAAUGGCAUCAGCAGCGGCAGCCAUGCCGCGCCGGCAGCCGUACGCCGGCAGGAUCCGGGCUCUGCCGUCGGCGGAGGUCAUCAGCGAGAUCCUGAGCCCGAAGCUGGUGCCCGGCUCGCCCUCCGACACCGGCGACGUCUCCUCGCUCGUGCCGGUCAGUGCUCUGAUGCUGCUCUUCUACUUCGUGUCCAACUGGGUGGUGCCCGAGCUGCUCAUGAAGCGCCUCAACGAGCCCAAGCCCGAGGACGAAGCUGCUGCUGCAGCAGCAUCGAUGUCGUCCGGCCCAGCGGACGGCAUCGACGCCUCGCCCCGUAAAAUCCGCCUCAAGGUGAAGAAGAAGAAGAACGGGAAAGCAACCAUCGUGAAGGUCUAA